GCGUUACUCGAUAAACAAUGAAACGAAUCGCAUUGGUUCUGUUGAUAGUUCAGUUAGUUCAUGGUCAAGAGCGCGACUACUGGAGCUGUAUUGAACCGACCUGUGAAACGGUGGAGGAUCGUCGGGUCCUGUGGCCAUUUCCGGGGGAUCCAAACUUUUAUCAGCAGUGCGAGCAAGUUUCGCCGGUCGCUUGGAGUUUGAAGAGAAGGCCAUGUAAAGAUAAACGGUUGUUUCGUUUCGAUGCUCAGCUGUGUGUUCCAGUUGAGGAAUGGGAAGUGCCGUGUCCGCUGCCCUGGUGCCCGAUAGUAGCUUGUGAAACAACCGCGGAUCUGUUCCAGCUGUGGCCUCACGGAAGAAGUGACAGCUUUUACCAGUGCAUACCAAGGGCUAGCGGUGGCGGUUUUGAGGCUGUAGUUCGGCAAUGUGAGCUGGGAUACAGAUUUAGCGCGUACAACCAGCGAUGUGUGGUGGAACAGCUAUGGAGACCGGAAUGUAUAUUUCAAGAUGGGAUAACGACGGAGCCUCCGACAGACGAACCUGAAGAUACAACGACAAGUGUGGAUCAAACGACGACAACAACUGAGGAUACUACAACUACGACAACACCUGGAACACCGACUCCGGAACCGGAGCGUGGUACCUGUCCAAUCCCCUUAUGCCGAGUCCAGGAUCAAACUCUUUACCCGCACACAGAUUGGACCAGGUUUUGGCAGUGCAUUCCGAACCCCGAUGGGUUCUGGGUCCCCGUAGUGAGGCCAUGUGGAGCAGGUACGUACUUCCACUUUGGCGAUCAACGUUGUGUAUUUAUGGCAGAUUGGGAAGACUUUUGUCUCUAAUAAAGACAUA